AUGGCAGAAAUGGAGAAAGAAGGGAGACCUCCGGAAAAUAAGAGGAGCAGGAAGCCGGCUCACCCCGUGAAAAGGGAGAUCAAUGAGGAAAUGAAGAACUUUGCAGAAAACACCAUGAAUGAACUCCUUGGCUGGUAUGGCUACGAUAAGGUUGAAUUGAAAGAUGGUGAAGAUAUUGAAUUCAGGAGCUACCCCACAGACGGAGAGAGCCGGCAGCACAUUUCUGUUCUCAAAGAAAAUUCCUUGCCAAAACCAAAAUUACCUGAGGACAGUGUUAUUUCACCAUACAAUAUAAGCACAGGCUAUUCAGGGCUUGCCACAGGAAAUGGACUCAGUGACUCACCUGCAGGGUCAAAGGAUCAUGGCAACGUGCCCAUUAUUGUACCUUUAAUUCCUCCACCUUUCAUAAAGCCACCAGCAGAAGAUGAUGUGUCAAAUGUACAAAUAAUGUGUGCCUGGUGCCAGAAAGUGGGGAUCAAGCGCUAUUCCCUGAGUAUGGGAAGUGAGGUGAAAAGCUUCUGCAGCGAGAAGUGCUUUGCCGCCUGCCGACGAGCCUACUUCAAGAGAAACAAGGCUAGAGAUGAAGAUGGACAUGCUGAAAAUUUCCCCCAGCAGCACUAUGCUAAGGAAACUCCAAGGCUUGCCUUCAAGAAUAACUGCGAACUACUUGUAUGUGACUGGUGUAAGCACAUCAGACACACAAAAGAAUAUCUGGACUUUGGGGACGGGGAAAGAAGGCUUCAGUUCUGCAGCGCCAAAUGCCUCAAUCAGUACAAAAUGGACAUCUUCUACAAAGAGACGCAGGCCAACCUCCCAGCUGGGCUGUGCGGCGCGCUGCACCCUCCCCUGGAAAACAAAGCAGAAGGCGCCGGAGUGCAGCUGCUCACGCCAGACUCUUGGAAUCUUCCCCUCGCAGAUGCUCGGAGGAAGGCCCCCUCCCCGGGGGCUGCCGCUGGCCAAGGCCAGGGUCCCGGCCCAUCCGCGUCCACCUCCACCACCGGCUCUCCGUCUGACACUGCCAACUGCUCCGUCACCAAGAUCCCCACGCCCGUGCCCAAGUCCAUGCCCAUGGGCGGCGAGCCUGCCAGCCUGCCUCCCGUCUCCGUCCAGCCACCUGCCGGCAUCGGGCCCCCCUUGGGCGUCCCGCCCCGCAGCCCUCCCAUGGUCAUGACCAACCGCGGCCCCGUGCCGCUGCCCAUCUUCAUGGAGCAGCAGAUCAUGCAGCAGAUCCGCCCGCCCUUCAUCCGGGGGCCUCCGCACCACGCCUCCAACCCCAACAGCCCCCUGUCCAACCCCAUGCUCCCGGGCCUCGGGCCCCCGCCCCCCGGCGGCCCCAGGAGCCUGGGCCCCACGUCCAGCCCCAUGCACCGGCCCAUGCUGUCGCCCCACAUCCACCCUCCGAGCACCCCGACCAUGCCCGGGAACCCCCCGGGGGGGCUGCUGCCCCCGCCGCCGCCGCCCCCGGGCGCACCGCCCUUGCCCAGCCUCCCCUUCCCGCCCGUGAGCAUGAUGCCCAACGGCCCGCUGCCCGUGCCCCAGAUGAUGAACUUCGGGCUGCCUUCGCUGGCACCGCUGGUGCCGCCCCCCACCCUGCUCGUGCCAUACCCCGUGAUCGUGCCGCUGCCCGUGCCCAUCCCCAUCCCCAUCCCCAUCCCUCACGUCAAUGAUUCCAAGCCCCCCAACGGGUUUUCCAGCAACGGGGAGAACUUCAUUCCGAGCGCCCCCGCCCCCGGACCCGGACCCGGACCCGGACCCGGCGGCGACUCCUCGGCGGCAGCGGGAGGCAAGCCCGGCGGCGGGCGCUCCCUGUCGCCCCGGGACUCCAAGCAGCAGGGCUCGUCCAAGGCCGCAGACUCGCCGCCCGGCUGCUCGGGCCGGGCCCUGAGCCUGGCGCCCGCGGAGCAGGGCGGCCGGGCCGAGGUGGUGGACCUGACGCGGCGCGCGGGCAGCCCCCCGGGCGCGGGCGGCCUCCCCGGCGGCGGCGGCGGGGGCUGCGGGCUGCAGGGCCCGCAGGACGGCGUCAUCGACCUGACCCUGGGCCACCGCGCGCGGCUGCACAACGUGAUCCACCGCGCGCUGCACGCGCACGCCCAGGCGGAGCGCGAGCCGGGCGCCGCGGAGCGCGGCAGGACCUGCGGCGGCGGCGGCUGCCGGGACGGCCACUGCAGCCCCCCCGCCGCCGGCGACCCGGGCCCCGGCGCCCCCGCGGGCCCCGAGGCGGCCGCCGCCUGCAACGUCAUCGUGAACGGCGCGCGCGCCGCCGCCGCCGCUGCCGCCGCCGCCGCCGCCGAGGGGGCCAAGGGCGCCGAGCCGCCCCCGGAGCAGCCCCCGCCGCCGCCGCCGCCGCCCGCGCCCCCCAAGAAGCUGCUGUCUCCCGAGGAGCCCGCGCUCAGCGAGCUCGAGUCCGUCAAGGAGAACAACUGCGCUUCCAACCGCCACCUGGACGGCGAGGCGGCCAAGAAGCUGGCCGGAGAGGAGGCCCUGGCCGGGGGCGACAAGUCGGACCCGAACCUCAACAACCCCGCGGACGAGGACCACGCGUACGCGCUGCGGAUGCUGCCCAAGGCGGGCUGCGUGAUCCAGCCGGUGCCCAAGCCCGCGGAGAAGGCGGCCCUGGCGCCCUGCAUCAUCCCCGCGCCCCUGCUGGGCGCCGGGCCCGAGGACCUGGAGCCUCCGCUCAAAAGGAGGUGCCUCCGAAUUAGAAAUCAGAAUAAGUAA